AUGGAUCGAAGUUGUAUGGUAGCUGAUCGAUUAAGUGAAGAAUACGAAGACGAAGUCAAAGGGUUCAUUAGAUUUGCGAUUAAGCAUGCAACUGAUGUCAACCUUAUUCCCUGUUCUUGUUGGUGUUGUUUGAAUAUGUUACAAUUAAAUGUGGAAGAAUUGGAAGAACUUCUAACAUACAAUGUGAUAGAUGAAAAAUAUAUUUGUUGGAGAAAUUACGGUAAGAUACAAGGUGGAAGUACAUCAACUAACAUGGAAUCAAGUAUCAAUUACUCAGAGACAUUUAGAACAAAUGAGAGUGAUCAUGCUGAACAAAUUUCAAAUGUUGUUGAAGAAGAUCUUAGAGAUUGUCCAAAGAUGUUUAAGAGGCUGAAAGAUGAUGCAAAAACACCAUUGUAUAAUGGAUGUACAAAGUUCACAAGAUUGAGUUCUGUUUUAAAGCUUUAUAACUUCAAAGCCUCGAAUGGAUGGACUGAUAAGAACUUCACAGACUUGCUAAGUUUAUUACAUGAGAUGCUACCAGAGGAUAAUGUGCUACUAAAGAGAACAUAUGAGGCUAAACAAGUACUUGCUUCCAUUGGAUUGACCCAUGAAAAGAUACAUGAUUGUCCUAAUGAUUGCAUUUUGUUCCGAAAUGAGUAUGCAUCACUAAGAAAAUGUCCAAAGUAUUUGAAGUUGUUGUGGGAUAAUGACAUAGAAGUAUUUGACGGAUUUAGAGAUAAAAAUUUCAUAGUCAAAGCAAUGUUGUAUGAAACAAUUAAUGACUUUCCUGCAUAUGAAAAUCUUUCUGGUUACAGCAUCAGACGUCAAUAUGCAUGUCCAAUAUGUGAGGAAAAAAGAUAUUAUAUAAGACUAGAGCAUUGUCACAAAAAUGUUUUCAUGGGGCAUCGUAGGUGGUUGUCAAAAAGUCAUCCUUUCAGAACAAUGAAAAAAGCUUUUAGUGGAAGUUAUGAAGAACGACGAUGUCCUUAUUUGAAGAGUGGAGAAGAAAUCUUUGAUGAGGUUAAACAUAUAAGAACAACAUUUGGAAAACCUUUUGCCAAACAAAUUUCAACCGCAGUCAAUGGGUUCACAUUUUACACAAAAGAGCAUGACGACCAAAGCACAAUGCAGAAUAGUGGGAUCACUCUUGCUGAAUCAUUGUAUAUCUCCACUGCAAAGGAUAGAAAUCCAAUAUAUUCAAAUAUGUCAUACUUUGGAGUCAUUGAACAUGUAUGGGAGUUGGAUUAUACUGACUUUCAUGUAGCAAGCUUUGGAUGCAAGUGGAUAGACAACAACAGUGGUGUUCAAAUUGACGAUAUGAGCUUUAUAAGGGUUGAUUUUAAAAAGGUCAAUUACCAAGAUGAUUCAUUUAUCCUUGCAUCAUAG